CCACCACGAACCAGAGAUCCCAUAUAACACAACCCAACGGGGGAGGGAAAAUAACUACUACAAAAAUGACCACCUCAAUCCGCCCCUCCACCCCCACCCGCACCACCACCCUCCUGACCAAUCUCGCAACCGUAACAGCCCGCAUCAACACUGCAACUACCUCAUCUCCAAAAACCACCCCACCCCGUCUGGUCGCCGUCUCCAAACUCAAACCCGCCAGUGACAUCCUCACCCUCCACACCACCAACCCACCUACACAUCAAACCCACUUUGGCGAAAACUACCUCCAAGAACUCCAGGAGAAAGCCCGUCUCCUCCCCACCACCAUAAAAUGGCACUUCAUCGGCGGCCUGCAGAGCAAUAAAUGCGUGACUCUGGCGCGGGAUACCCCCGCGCUCUGGGCCGUCGAGAGCGUAGAUAGUACCAAGAAGGCGUCGUUGUUGGAUAAAGGGUGGGGGGAGAGGAGUGCUGAGGUGAAGGCGACGAAUCAUGAGGAGAGGUUGAGGGUGUUUGUGCAGGUGAAUACCUCCGGGGAAGAGAAUAAGAGUGGGGUUGAGCCGGGCGAUGGCGCGCUGGAAUUGUGUCGCUUUAUUAGGGAUAAGUGUCCCCGGUUGCGGUUGCAGGGGGUUAUGACCAUUGGGGCCAUUGCCAGGUCGAAGGCUACCACGCCGGAGAAUGAGAAUGAGGAUUUUGUGUGUCUGAGGGAGACCAGGGAUCGUGUGGUCCAGGAGUUGGGCUUGCUGGGGGAGGAGGCCAAGUUGGAGUUGAGUAUGGGUAUGAGUGAGGAUUUCGAGGGCGCUAUUGCUCUGGGUAGUGAUGAGGUUCGCGUUGGGACGACUAUCUUUGGGGAUAGGCCGCCCAAGGAUCAGGCCAGGGUGGUUUGAGUCCAUUAAAAGGUGUUACGAUUCACGACGUGUUCUAUAAGCAUCAUGCAUCAUUCUUAAGGGAUGAAAAGAGAUGGGAGAGGAAGGGAAACCAAGACAGUAAACUUCGACUGCUGCCUGUACAUUAAGAUGAAAGGAAAGAACAAGCGUCCCGCAUGUCCCAGGUAUAUAUGUGCGAUAUCAGUAAUAAAUACACCCCCCGCCAUCUGCCACCUGGCGGAGUACGAA